AUGAUCCAGAGGAACAGCUAUGAAAGCACCAGCUGUGGCGGCCAAGUGGUGCGCACCGAGUAUAUGGACACCAGCUGCAACCAAAACAGGGACGGAACCUAUGGGAAGUUUACCUGUAUCGGCGACGUUGUGACCUUCCAAGCCUACAACGACUCGGCUUGCACCACUACGUUAAGCUCAAACUCCUCGACUCCUCUCUCCACCUGCAGCGAGAACAACGACAAAUAUGUGGUGAGCAUCAACUUCUACUCGACUGGAUGCACUUCGGACGCCCUUCAGGGCACCUACACGCUGCCCUUGGGCUGCCGAGCCACCGGAGGCAUGGAGAAUGGACAGGUGAGAACUAUGUCACAGAAAGUGGAAAUGAGUGGUGCCAAUUUGGUCAGCAAGACUUAUAGCACCAGUCUCGACUGCACUGGCACCUCUGUUGAUGUCCAGCUUCCCUGUGGCUCCACUUGUGUGAAUGGCUCCACCAGCGCAGCGCUUCCAGAUGGAUACUUUGCCUAUACCGGCUCUUGUUCAGAUGCUUGGCACCUGGAAGACAUUAAUUUAUUGUAUAGAUAUUGCAUCAUAUUACUAUAA